AUGGCAACCCUCACGGCCCAAGCUAAUCCCGCGACGACGCCCUCCCCAUCCCAUCAUCACAAAGCCCCAGUUCCUAUCAGAAGCAGCCCUGCCCCUCCCUGUGCACUUCAUACCCCUGCUCCUCCGUCUAGGCUAGAUAGCCAAAACAAUUCACAACACCGCCUCCCUACACGACCACCUGCCGAAAUUCAUAUACACAGGGAUCCUCGGUCAGAUAUUCGGCAGAGUACAUAUUCUGAGCUCAGUAAGGGGCCGGCCCCGGCCUCCGACGGUUCAAACGAAUUAUCUCUCACAGAGCCCGAUAAAUUGCCUACAGUUGCUGCGAUACACACCACAACGUCACUACAAGCGUAA